AUGGUUCCAUCGGAAACGGUUAAUUUUGCUCGGAAUUUCGCGGUUAUGGUCAGAGUUCGCGGUCCUGACCCGAAAGGAUUGAAGAUGAGAAGACACGUUUUUCAUCAAUACCGUUCUGGUGAAACAACACUUUCAGCUUCGGGGAUGCUUGUACCUGAUACCCUUUAUGACGCUCAAGUAGCUACGCGUCUCUAUGGUGAUAACUGCGAGGACAGGGUGUUGGUUGUGACCGUUGCCUCAGUUCUUGAGCCUUUUCUGUCACCUCAACAGAGGGAAAAUAUUCCUCAGGGCAGGCCAGACUUGAUUUCUGGUGUUAGAAUUGAUGUUAUGACGGAGAAAACCAAUGGAAACUCCAAUCAGGGAACUCCUUGUUGGCUAGGGGCGCAGCUUUUGUCAUUAGUUGAUCUUCCUACUUCAUCUGAUUGUCUUCAAUCACUUAUUGACGCAUCUUUGGGCUUACCAGAGUUUGAAUGGGAGGUUGGUUGGUCUUUGGCGUCUUAUAAUAAUGAUUCGCAACGUUCUAAAGAUUUUUUUCAAACUCAGGAAAGAUUGUCCGUGGGAGGAUCUGGCAGUGCUAGUCUUGUGUACAAAUCACUUACUAGAAUGGCAAUUCUUAGCAUUUCUUUGUCCUUCAGGGACUUGCUGAAUAGUAAAGUAUCUGCCAUGAAUAAAAGGGGUGAUUUUCUUCUGGCAGUUGGGUCUCCUUUUGGAGUCCUGUCACCUAUGCACUUUUUUAACAGCAUCUCUGUAGGAUGCAUUGCAAACAGCUAUCCUUCCCAUUCAUCUGAUGGAUCGUUACUGAUGGCUGACAUACGCUGUCUUCCUGGAAUGGAAGGCUGUCCAGUUUUCAGUGAGCAUGCAUGUCUUACUGGUGUCCUCCUCAGACCAUUGAGACAGAAAACAUAUGGGGCGGAAAUCCAGCUGGUGAUUCCAUGGGAGGCCAUUGUGACUGCUUCUAGUGGCUUGCUGUGCAAUAGGCCUCUGAACACAGAGGAAGGGUUAUAUAAUCAGGAGGGUGACCUUUAUGCUGCAGGAAGGAGCCCUUUUUCUGACUCUGACAAAUUAGAUGUAUGCUCUAGGAAUAAACACGAGCAUUUAUAUUUGGGUAGCUCCUCUCCAUUACAAAUUGAGAAGGCAAUGACUUCUGUGUGUCUUGUUACUAUUGGUGAUGGAGUAUGGGCAUCUGGUGUUUUACUAAACAGUCAAGGUCUCGUACUUACAAAUGCGCAUCUGUUGGAACCAUGGAGAUUUGGGAAAGAACAUGUAAAUGGCGGAGGAUAUGGGACCAAUCCAGCAAAACUUUCUUCCAUGUCAGAUGAAACUGCAUAUCUUGGAAAUAGAGUUGAAAGCAAUCAAGUUAGUCAAACUUCACCGUUGAAGAUGCCAAUUAUUUAUCCUUUCACUGCAAAUGAGCAGGGGGGAUAUAAGUUGUCGAAUCUAACUUAUGACAACCACAGAAACAUACGUGUACGUCUUGAUCAUAUCAAACCUUGGGUUUGGUGUGAUGCAAAAGUAGUGUAUGUUUGUAAAGGACCAUGGGAUGUUGCCUUAUUGCAGCUUGAAUCUGUUCCAGAUAAUCUUUUUCCUAUAAAAAUGGACUUUUCUAGGCCAUCUACAGGAUCAAGGGCAUUUGUCAUUGGCCAUGGAUUAUUUGGCCCAAAGCGUGGAUUCUUCCCAUCUAUUUGCUCUGGUGUGGUAGCAAAAGUGGUUGAGGCUAAGACUCCUCAAUCUUAUCUGUCUACUCAACCUGAGUAUCUGCUCAACCAUGAGUACUUCCCAGCAAUGCUCGAAACAACAGCUGCUAUUCAUCCUGGUGCUAGUGGUGGUGCUGUUAUCAAUUCAGUUGGUUACAUGAUUGGUCUGGUUACAAGUAAUGCAAGGCAUAGUGGAGGAACAGUAAUACCUCAUCUUAACUUUAGCAUUCCAUCUGCUGCUCUGGCGCCCAUCUUCAAAUUCUCCAAAGCCAUGGAGGAUUUAUCACUUCUACGGAUUCUAGACGAACCGAAUGAAUACCUUUCAUCUAUAUGGGCAUUGAUGCGGCCAUCAUAUCCUAGUCCUCAUCCUAUGCAUGAUCCACCUCAGUCUGUUACAAACAAUAAAAGUAAAGAGAAGGGUUCUCGGUUUGCCAAGUUUAUUGCCGAAAGAAAGGACAUUUUCAAUGUUGGAAAGAGUGGAGUGCUUUCGAAGGAAGUUAUUCCUAGCAAGUUAUGA